GGUUGUAGACAAAAAUACAUUUGGGCCAGCAUAUUCAUUUCUUUCAUUAGAAAACAUUUUAUAUACGAAUAUAUAUAUAUAUAUUAUUUUAAACGGAUGACUCGGAGUGAAAUAUUCAGAAAAGCAGCCGACAAGUGUCAAGCGUCGGUGUGAACUCCUUUAAUACUGUUUAAAAAGCAUCGCAGGGAAAUUCCUCAAGAAAUUGGUCGAGAAAACGCCAAAGAAUAAAUUUUUCUGGAAAUUCUAGGUCGAAAAAGCGUGUCUACUUUGAAGAUGCUAGAAUACAAAAUUAUCUUGAUUUAUUUUGGAUUUUUUUUUUUUGAUUAUCUUGAUUUAUUUGGGAUUUUUUAAAAUUUAUUUAUUUAUUUAUUUAUUUAUUUAUUAUCACAACAUAAUUCCCAUAGUUUCAGUUGUGUUAUUCCAGAAUUUUGAUGACUUUGUUAUUAUUCUAAAAUGUGGAGAAAAAAAUAAAAUAUAGAAUGAGGUUGUCUAAACGUACAUAUAGAUAGAUAGAUAGAUAGAUAGAUAGAUAGAUAACAUGAAAUUAUUUGUAAUAACAUAAUAAUAAAUUCCUUUAUUAUUAGCCUUAAUAUGAUUAUUUGAACUACUUCCGGAACUACUUUCUGUCAUAGAAAAUGAAUCAACAGCUUCUGACCAAUCAGAUUGGAUAGUUGAGCCGAGGCUGCGGUGUAAGCAUUAAUGAAAGACAUGGAGUUAAAACUGCAUAAUGUUUAAUGGGUUUAUCAGUUUAGUUAAUCACAGUGGCUGUGGGUGAAAACGCGUCUUGGUUAACGUGUGUGGGCUUUGGGGGGAGCUGUUGUGUGUUUACUACAGGGAGGGAGGGAGUGAGAGAGAGUGAGUGAGAGAGAGAGAGAGAGAGAGAAAAGAAAAACUUUUCAGUGUUGUAGAGCGACAGGAAGCGCUGCAGUGAGUCGUCACCAUGCAGGAAUGUCCUAAUAACCAUAGAUUAUGGCCCUUCAAAGGUUCACAUACAUGCUGAUGUGGUCCGGAUUGAAUUUGAGUUCGACACCAUUGAUCCAGGCCAAAAAAAAAAAAAAAAGGAUUCUCUGCCCUAUGUAGUACAUUAUGUUAAAAUUGUGAGCCAUGUGGGAUUCGCUUAAACUCUGAUAACUUCAGGAAGAUCAUGUCAUGGGGCCUGAGAACAACUACUGAUCAAAGACACAGUUCGACAUCAGUCUGUAGACACAUCCCUGAAACAUGGUCAGUCUAGUAGAAAAUGUUAUUUAAAAAUGCAUUAUUGCUUAAAAAAGCCAUUGGCUUGUGGAACAGAGAAAACAGCGGUAUAAUUUUGGGGUACUCCAAGUUACGCACAAGGAGGAGCUGGGAGAGACCAUGGGUGGGGACAGCGAUGGGGGGUCAAUGUGGCUGUGUCCUUUGUGUCAACAAGGUCAAUUAGACCGCGACGGUCUUGCGUUGCACCUGGCCGAAAAACACAGCGUGCUUCCUGCUUGCCUUGAUAAGCUAUUGGACAUUGCUGCUCCCAAGAACUGUUCCAGUGACGAAGACGGAGAGUCCGGUGCACAAAAUGAUCUCAAUGGCACUUCACAGCAGCAGUGUUCAGAAAAUUCGCCUUUAGUGGAGUCUCAGAAUGAAGCCAUGUCUAGUGUAACUGACCAAGAUGGUUCCUCCCAGGAAAAAGAGGUGUGUGAUGAAUUGGGAGGAGUGGGAAAUGAGAACGAAUGGAGUAACAUGGAAUCAAAUCAGGAUAAUAUUACCCAGCCUGAAAGAUCUGAAGCGUCGGUCAAUGAUGAUAAAUCCAAUGAUAAAAGCAAUGCUGCUGCCGAUGGUGACGUUACCCACCCUUUCAAGUGUCACGCAUGUUUGGAGUUCUUUCCCUCUAGAUCGGCAUUGAGUGUACAUUAUAAUUCAGCCACCCAUAUCCAAAGGAUGAGAACAGGAGCAGGGAAUGAUGGUGAUUCCUCAACCCCUAUUCUUGCUCGUCCUUACAUCUCAAACAAACCGUACCAGUGUGCAGUGUGUCGUGUCUCUUAUAAUCAUGCCAUCACCCUGGAAAGUCAUUUAAAGUCUGUAUUGCAUCAGAGUCGUAGCAGGAAUGCUGGAAACGCUGCAACUAAUUCCACAACAAAUGCAGGAAAUGGAAAUGUAGCAGCAAAUGUGGCAGCCACUACUGUGGCUAAUACCACACAGUUAGCUUAUGUUACAACCAGUAAUUGUGUCACACAAACAAGCCUGACUGCAUCCCAAGCGAUGACCAAAGAUGAAGAACAGGUUAAGCCUCAGCCUGCACCCUCAUUGCUUUCCUCCCCAGUGGCCUCAGCUCAGGCAGUAUCGGCUUUUCUUACUCUCUUAACCUCUAGUCCAAACUCUGUUCCACACUCCAUCCUCCCCUCUCUCUUUGCUGCUGGAGCAGGUGCCGCACCAGGCACAGCAAGUCCUCAGCUAAUAACCCAGCCUCAAAUGCUUAUGCCCCUUAUCUUGAAUGGACUCCAACCUCAGAGUCCAACCUCAGAAUCCUCGAAACAACUUUUGCAGCAAACGCUUCCAGUCCUUGGUCUCAGCUCAGCACAACAGGCUCUCUUGGCCCAAGGACUCGGUGGUUUGCAGAAUCAGUGGGCUGCUUUUAGACUCAGCAAUGCAGCCCAGAUGCCUUCAGAAGAGAAUGACAAUAGUGCUGAUAAGGGAGCAGGCACAAAAGUAAAAAAUGAGGAACCACAACAGGAGUCUUGUGAUCAACAAGUGCCACAGACGUCUGAAGAAGCCUGGACCACCGAUGAUGGUUCAGUGAAAAGCGAUGUUAAUAAGGGAGAGGUUACACAAGAGUGCAACAGCUUAAAAUUUGAGAAUAAAGGUGUUGAGGAUACCAUGAUAUGCACUGAUGAGAAUCAAGAGAAGGAUGAUAUUGAUAUGGAAAGUACAGUUGAAGAGGGGGGUCUGGGAAAAAAUACAAAAAGUUCAGAUGCAAAUAAAGACUCGGCAGGCCAGGACUUUCAGUGCAGUUGCCCUUCAUCUUGUCUCACUGAAUCUUGUCAGUCUCCCACACAUGGUGAUAAAAAUACUGUUAAUAAUUCAGAAGUAAAACAUAGUCCUGCAAAAUGCAACCCCUCAAACACUAACCUUGCCUUAACGUCCUCACAGCAUAAGAGUGACAAGGCUCAUGCAAUCUUGUCCUCACGACCUCCAGUACUAACUGAGUUUCAGUCUCAGGUUCUGUGGGCCUUUAUUGAGUCACGAAAUGAGGCUGAUUCAGCAAUUCCACCAAGAGAGGACUGUGAAGCCCUUGGUAGGGAAGUAGGACUAACUGAGGAUGAGGUACGAAGAUGGCUGGUCGACGCCCGCCGUGCCAAAGAGAGACAUGGUGCAGAAGCAAUGGAGCAUGAUGAAAUAGAAGGAAGCAUUGAAGAUGACGAAGGUGCUCUAAUGAUAGAUGAAAGCGAAUAUGGACAGAGUCCAUCAGCUGGCAGUAGUCAUGCGAUGGAUCUCUCUAACAGUUCUGAAAUACACAAAGAAAAGGUAUAUGGCCAAAACCAGGGGGACUUGUGCUUAACUUCUGACUCAGAAAAUGAAGAAUUCUACACUUCUGUUAUCGUGACCGACGAGGAGAGCCAAAGUAGCUCGUUGAAAGAAGAUCCAGGUAGCCCAGUUAAACAGCCUUCACAGAUAGAAACAUCAGGGGAAAGGUCAAGCGGUGGAGGAAAGGUUCUCCGCUCCACCACAGUCUUUCUUUCAGAUGCAGAGGAUGAAGAUGAAGAUCAGAGUGCAAAAAACAAAAAGAGAAAGAGGGAGCUAGAUAAGGAGGAAUCCGAAUGCAAAAAGGAGAGGCAUGAUGCUGAUCUUGACCUUCAGUUAGAAGCACAAGCUGAUCCUCCUACUCCUCUUUCGGUUACAGUUGACCAUCAGGGUCUUCCAGCUGGAAUCUUGCAUCCUUUGCCUCUUUCCCUUUCUCUGGCCCCAUUUUCUACUCAGUUAUUCAGUCCCUAUGUCCUUUCAGUUCCGUCAUCUGUUGUUGGAGUUGGUGUUUCUGAAGCAGACCGAACCAAAGUAGCAACCUUCACAAGUCCCCCAACUAUUACUCGCACUCAAGCUCCAUUUUCUGACCCACUUCAUGGAGCAGCCAUUGGUUCCCUUGUGCAAUCCACCCAAUUCAUAUCCAAUGGCAGUGAAUGCGAGUCUGCCUUAGAUCUCAGUAUAGGGAAACAUCAAAGUUCCACAACAACCACAUCUGUCUCAGCAAACAGCAAGGUAUCUAUACAAAAGACUGCUUUGCUUGAUGGUCUUGGAUUAAGGCCUACAGCUGUUGGUGUCCCUGCAGAUGGGAGUCUUAUUGUUGUUCAGGUAAAGCCUGAUACUGCCAUUACAAUCCCAAACUCCAACACUACCAUUGGUAACCACAAUAACUUGGCUAAGACAAGCACAGUGUUCAUGAGGGCUGCAGAGAAAGUAAAUGCCUCCUUAAAAGAGAGUGAACAAGACAAGUCAAGAGACCAAAAAAGAACUAAUGCAAGAAGGUUCAGGGACAUGAGAAGAUCCAGGACAAUUAUUCAGGCUGACCAGCUGGAUGUGCUGUAUGGAUGUUAUUUCAAAGACCCAAACCCAGGAAAGCAUGAAUUUGAACAAAUAUCAGAGUGGGUGCACCUGCCAAAGAAGGUGGUACAGAUUUGGUUUCAAAACAUGAGGGCUAGGGAGCGUAAAGGGGAAGUUCGCUUCAUCAGUGAUGGCACAUUGGCAGCUGUCGGUAAACCACUUAUAAAGUUUACUUGGCCACUAAAUAAGCCCAUUUUUUCAAGUACCCCCAAAUCCAACUCAAGCCCAACAACUGGUUGGGUCCCACCUAAGUCUCAAACUAGCAAUGAUACCCAAAAGGCAGAAAAGCUUUUGGAGGUCAAAGAACCACAGAAAAUCCCUAUCCAUGGUCUGACCAGGCCAAAGGAAGUGGCAUCAACUACCACUGCCAGCAGUACAACAUCAGCACCCAAGACAAAAGGUGAACCAGUGAAUGCAUUUACAAUGGUUAAAAUCGCCCCCAAAACUGUGGCCCCAUUAGUUACAGUUCCAAUACUGACCAGUAGUGCUGGCAUUCCCCCAAACCCUCAGAAGACCAAGCUGGAGGGACAGAGUGAAGCAGACAGGACCGAGGAGAAGGAUGGACAAGAUCAAGACAAAAACACCCCUGGGACAACCAGCCGCAUGGUUCCAAAAGUAUCCACUACACCAAUGAGCAAAUCUCUGACUGUGGCAACUCAGAAACAUAAUGGCAUUAAUUACUGGUCUCAGAAGGGUCAAAUUAAGAUCAAUACUUUGUCCAGGGAACAGCUGGGCCUGAGCACCCCACGCCCUAUCAUCACUUCAACUUCAGUCGUAACUCCAUCCAUGACUGUAACUUCACCACCAUCCAGUCAAAACCAAAAAGAAGCCAAUUACAUUCAGCAGCACUCCACCCCGAGAAGACCACGAACACAUUUGAACUGUCUGCAGCUGUCCAUUCUCCAGUCUUGCUAUGAGACCUGUGCCCAUCCUAAUGCAUUAGAGUGUGAAGCAGUGGGGACCGAGCUUGGUCUUCCACUUAAAGUGGUGCAGAUCUGGUUCCAAAACACACGUGCCAAGGAGAAGCGUUGGAGGCUACAGCAAGAGAAGCUGUCUCCUAGUUCCAGUGACCCUUCCAAGAAGUUGGACAUCAGCUCGGGCACUUACCUGCAGUACAAUGCGCUCCGAGCAAACCGUCCAAUUCUGCCCAAACCAGUACAACUGACAGUUCUGGAAAGUUCUCCGUCACCUGCCGCGGGUCAGCCAACAGCUCGUGAAACACUAAGAGGGAAGUGCGACGUGUGUAACAUAGAAUUCGAGUCCAGAGCCGCUGCACGAGACCACGUUUUCUCUCCUCGGCAUCUUGCAACACUGAGAACCACUAACUUUGGUCAGUCCGCGACGCAAAUUAACAACGGAUCAGCUGGCAUCGUGAGCCAGGCUUCUUCGAGAUCACCAGCUAGCAGCACUAGCUAAGAAAUGAACUUCAGCUGCUUAAUUAAGUGGACCCACUCGGCUCUUAUACUUUUAAUCGGCAAUGAAAAGGUGCUCGUUUUUAAAGCUAACGCUCUUUUAAUUCUGCACCAUUACAGUGGGCCUGAAUGAACUCUCCACUUUUGGAUGUCGGCGAGAUUUGAUCCUAAACAGAACUUUUAUUCCGAUGACUCGUUGCCACAUCAUUUCACUAAUAAUAAUCAAAUGAAUUGGUUAUACUGGACAUGCAAUUGCUUAUGUUGUAACGGUCUCGUUUUAUGUCUUUCACUGCUUCGUCUCUGUUUUACAUCUGUUUCUUUUGUGCUUGUUUAUUAUCCUUUCUUGCUAAUUUGAAACACUCUGGCUGUUUGGGGGGGAAAAACCUAGCAACGGGCCACCUGAAACUCAUCAAAAGUUAUUCAGUGAUGUUACAUACAUGGUACUGCUUUUGCUUGAGCCUGAAUGGUGUUUUAAUUCAGAAUUCUUAUGUUUUGAUCAAAUUCUAAUCGAGUUAUUAAACGUCGUCAGCGGGAGGUUUUUGUUUUUAUUUGACUGACAAAGUGAAAAAGAUGAUGGGUGUAUCAAAAAUCUCCAAGUAGCUGAUGAGGAAGUUUUUAAAGAUGGUAGGCAAGUGUCGAUACUAAAAUGUCACGACAAUUGCUUUUUAGCACAUUUUACAAUAUUAUCGCAAUAUAGAAUCAGAAAUAAGCUUUCGGACAUUUAUGGAAUAAGCUUAUGGCUGUUAUGGAAUUCUAGUGAACAGAAUUAUGGGAUACAUGCAAUGCCGCUUCAGAUUUGCUCAGAAUAAGGGCCCUUGGAAGACUGAUGUGUUUAUAUUGCUUUCAGUAUGGAACAGUUAGUCUUGGGGCCAAAAGUGCUGCCUAAGUAGGUAGCCUCCUUCCAAAUGAAAGGCAGUGGCAAUAUAUCAAGUGUCCACAAUAAUAUCGCGAUGUAUCGUUAAAUCAAAUAUCGGCGCACACACAAAUAAGAACGUAUAUAUUUGUUUUUUUUAAUAAAAAAAAAAAAACCGAGGGACUGGGCGAGCGCUUCGAAAUCCAGACGCUCGGGGAGGCUGUUAAUGGAAUGACGGCUCCUCUGUUUGCCAUCAUGACAAUCAUACAUUUUUAAUUUUUAAUUUUAUUUUUUUCGAACUCCACCGGCUAAAUCUAAAAAUGUCAAACGGUUGUCGUGCAGCACUUUCUUCCUUUAAAGGUCUGAAAUAUUUUAAGGUUUCCAUACUGCUUGGAAUAAAUGUUUGUAUUAUAGUGAUUUACUGUAUGUCAGAUUUUACUGAAGUGUUGCCAGCUUUUGCUGUAUUUUAUUAACAUGUGGACAGGAAAGGAUCAGACCUAGCCGCUGUGCAAAAAGCCAAAGUUAAUUCUAUAUGCUAGCGCAAUUUUAAAUGAUUUUGAUAUAAAUUUGUGAAACAACAAAAUUAUAUUAAUUGUAUUUCUUCACCUUUAUUAAUAUUUUUUUUUGUCCCUCUUCAGUUUGUCAUAACCCUAAUGUAUUACAAAUAAUCACUGCUUGCAACAGGUUUUUAUGGGAGAGAAGUCAUUUUAUACCCUUUUACUCAUUGUGUUUUAUGUGGGUGCGAACUGAGUACUUGUACUGGGGUAGGAACUACUCCCACCCCCCACCCCCCAUGCAUCUCCAGCUGACCACGAGGUACUUUCUGUGGUUUUUGACAAGUGUAUCAAUUUGUUGAUGCGGAAACUACUCAGUGCGACAAUGUGAGUUUGAAGGAAACGAAAUACUAAAGAGAACUGUCAUUUCAUUUCAUUUUUUUUCUUUUUUUUUUUUUUUUUUUUAAAGUUGUAUAUUGUUAUUCUUAUUAUUAAUGUUACUAUUAAUAGUUUAACAAGAUGCAAAACUAAAAGAUAACUUUUUAAAAGGAACUCUAUUAUGAAAAUGGUAUUCCAAAGUUAUUCAUCUUUCUCUUGCUUUCUGUCUAAAAAAAAAAACAAAACAAAAAAACAAAACAAACAAACCAAAAAGCAUUUUGAGAGAGAGUUUUGUAAUGGAUCUCCCACACCUUGACACUUUCAGCAAGUCCAGGAAGGACUUUGAGAUAUCAAGCUGAAAACACGUGUGUUUCAGCCAAAACAAAGUGGAGCACUUGGAUGCGUGAUGAUUCAGAGGCGUGUGGCUUUUUUUUGUUGUUUGUUUUUUAACGCACCUCCGUUAUUUUUUUUUUAAAACACUCUGUGUUGAGCUGUAGCUCAGGUUCACUGAGCAUGACCUGAACGCAGUGCGAAACAACGGGAUCACAGUGUUGCACUGUUUGGUGUCGAGAGGUGGUGCACAGACCUGCUUUUUGACUGAUUUUAUUAUUUUUUUUGUUUCCAUUAACACUUAUCACUUGUUAUAACUACUACUUGCUAUUGUUUUCAUUACUAUUAUCACAGUUUGAUUAUUAUUAAUUCAUUACGGUUUUUAAAUAGCAUCUUUUAUCUUCCUUGAGAUGGUCUUGGUAUACUGCAAACUGAUGGUGAAAGUGUUGUUAUGAAAUAGAAUAUUGUUUAAGCUUGUUUUCCCCUUUACUUCUACCUUCAUUUUUGUGUUGGAUCUCCUUUUGUUUUCUUAUACAGAAAAAUAAACUGAACUUCACUUAGUGGUGUUUUUUUUUAUUUGUCAACCCAAUUAACCAUCAAAACAUUUUUUCCAUUUAAUUCUGCUACGUUAUAUCACAGUUCGGUGGUGGGUUUUUUUUUUUUUUGUUUUGUUUUUGUUUUUUUGAUGUAAUAUAUUAUUCCUUUUUACUGGCUGCGCCAUGCUACAAAUUUUCUUUCUUUUCUUUUUUUUUUUUUUUUUUUCUUUUUUUUUUUUUUUGUAUAUACCAGUGCUUGACUUUUUAACAAGGGUCAAAUAUUGAUCAAGCAUGGUUUGUAAUUUGCAUGCCUAUUUUUGAAGAGCUGUCUUUCUUCUUCAAAUCUGAACCACAUC